UACACAUUAUUCAUCUCUUUUAACCGUCUAAUUUAUUGCUCUUUCAUUGACAGCACAAGAACUGAAGACUUAAGGUCAUCAGACAGAUGUAAUAGAUUACAUUUGAUGGGAUUGCACAAAUCUGAUUACAACAUUAACAUCAAACAAAAAGGGAAAAAAUACACGUCAUGGCUGUUCUAUAACGCGGAUGGCACUUUUUUCGCUCAAAAUAUUGUUUUAGUUGCAUCAAGGAGGCGAUGUAAUGUGACAUCAUGCAGUUUAAGGGAUUAUUAAAUAUUAAAUCUAUAAUGUGUACUGUCAUAGGCUGUGAAUGCAACUUUCCGGGCCUCGCAGGUUCAGUAAUACUGCAGGGACGUAUGGAGCAGAGCAGAGCCACAGCUUAAACACUUCACUAAGAAGCUUACAGUUCCCUCACUGACAAUAGUUCUCCGGGGAUAAAUACCUGCUGUACAGAGGGGGGGAAAAACGUUCUCUUGUAAGGUAAGAUUUUAUCAUUGAUAUGGCUGCUAAAUAUUGAUUGAUUGAUAUGGCUGUGUAAAUAUUCUUCUGCAAACUGAAGAUGUUUUUGUGUCUUUAAUUUGGGAUAAAUUUAUGGAACAUGAUGUGCAAAUAUGAGUUUAGAGUUUUAAACGUGUGAUGAAGCAGCUUAGAUGGAGUUUGACUGGUAAAUGAUAUCAGUUUCUGCUGAAGUUCAUUUUGUACAUGAUUACUUCAAUAGCAGCCUCGGUGAUGGUGAGUUGAGUUUGGAGUGAACAUAAUGGCAACUCGGUUUGAAUUCAAAUUGCUAACAUAACUCACAUUAUUUUAUUCUAUGUUCUGUACACUAUAAUAACCGUAUUAACAGAAGGACUGAAAGUAUAAUGAUUAACUUCAAUCUCUAAAUGAGGUUGUAGUUUUCUGAAUAUGUACGUCUGCUGAUUUGUUUUCUUUACAAAUUGUAAUAUAACAAAUUGAAGGAAACGACACACAUUAGCAUAUUAUGACGUUAUUAUUUGUUAAGGCAUACUGUUUAUUAAUGUGUUAAUAUUGUAAAAGUUACAAUUAGAAAAUAAGCGACAGCUUCAAAUAACGUGCAUGAUAUGAUGAGGGUUUGCGAUGGGGAAAUGUCAUAUUUAGUUGUAAUUUGGUUGUUUUGGAGUGUGUACUGGAUGUGAGCAGUUCCCAGAAUAGCUUACUCCUUUCCUCUGGAGCUCAGAGAAGGAUCAGGCUGGAGUAGAUUACCAACUACUUAUCUCCUAACACACACACACACACACACACACACACACAUAAACAGUCACACAACGGUACAGACAAUCAAAAGAGCCUGAAUAAACCAAAAUAGCAUAUAGCCGAUUGCCUGAAUCUUUAUGUUUGUGUCUUGUGUUUUCCACAGGGCUCGUUGUCGGUGAUCAUCUGCAGCCAUGUGUGACCAGACGUUCGUGGCGGCCACUUUUGGCCCCUGCGAAAGCUGUGGGAAAGCCAGUCCUCUUAUGAACAUCUACAUUACGACAGAGGCCAUCAACUACUGCUCCUUCUGUGUGGAAGUGAUGGCUUGUCAGGGGCUCCAAGGAGGGGAAACCGUGGCGACACUGAAGAGGGAGAGCGACAGUCUGAAGAAGAAGCUGGAGGAGGAGCGGGCCAAGCUGAGCGACAUAGAGUUGAACCAGGUGGCUGAGAAGAUUGAGGUCUUGGGUGCCCUCUCCAUAAAAACCAGACGUGUACUGAAGGGUCAUGGGAACAAGGUUCUGUGUAUGGACUGGUGUAAAGACAAACGUCGUAUAGUCAGCUCCUCACAGGAUGGCAAAGUGAUCAUCUGGGAUGCAUUUACUCUUAAUAAGGAACAUGGGGUGACCCUGCCGUGUACAUGGGUUAUGGCGUGUGCUUAUGCCCCCUCAGGUUGUGCUGUGGCAUGUGGCGGAUUGGAUAACAAGUGCUCGGUGUUCCCGCUGUCACUUGACAAAAACGAGAAUUUGGCUGCAAAGAAGAAGUCCGUUGCCAUGCACACCAACUAUAUCUCAGGGUGCACCUUCACCACCUCUGACAUGCAGCUCCUGACCUCCAGCGGUGACGGCACAUGUGCCUUGUGGGAUGUGGAGAGCGGGCAGCUGCUGCAGAGUUUCCAUGGUCACACAGCUGAUGUCUUGUCCCUGGACCUCGCCCCAUCUGAGACUGGAAACACGUUUGUCUCUGGGGGCUCUGAUAAGAAGGCCAACGUGUGGGACAUGCGCUCUGGACAGAACAUUCAGUCUUUUGAGAGCCACGAGUCCGACAUCAACUGUGUUAAGUACUACCCCAGUGGAGAUGCUUUUGCUUCUGCUUCAGACGACGCCACAUGCCGUUUCUAUGACCUGCGAGCUGACCGUGAGGUAGCCAUCUACGAGAAGGACAGCAUCCUGUUUGGUGCUUCAACUGUGGACUUCUCUCUGAGUGGCCGGCUGCUUUUCGCUGGUUAUAAUGACUACACCAUCAAUGUGUGGGACGUUUUGAAGGGAACUCGUGUCUCUCUCCUGUUUGGCCAUGAGAACCGCGUCAGCAGAGUCAGAGUGUCACCUGACGGCACGGCGCUCUGCUCGGCCUCCUGGGACAACACCUUACGGAUUUGGUCCUAGAGCUGAUAUCACAGUUGUGAUCCAGUGACACCAGCACCAGCACCAUGCGACUGCCAAGACUACAAGUCCCAGUCAACACUACUGCAGGAGUGUGUACAUGCAAACCUUCAGUGUGACAAAUACACAAAGCUCCUGAAAUGUCUCUUCUGAAUGACAAUGUAUCGUCGUAUCAUAACUGUAGUGUGAGUAUUCAUUGAGGAUGCAGUCGAGUUUGGAUUCCUGAUAUUUAUUAUAUUUAGCUUGAUGACUGAUUGUAUGAAUAUGUAAUUGUUUAUGCUAAUGUAGAGGGAAAUAAUUGUGAGAGUAUAGAGCCGCAUGUGUCUGCUCUGUCAUGUAGAUCUACAGGCAAUAUCAACGAUUAUCUUGUAAAUUAUUAACAUUGGUUAACUGUUGUACUUUUUCUGUGAGAAUCAAACCGUCCAGAAUCACAUUAUAGGUUACACACACACUGUUAUAUAUAAAGGAAGACAACUUCAAUGUAGCCAUCAAUUUGUUUUAUUCCGAUAUACAUGAACGUCAACAGCUUAGAUAAAUCACUUGUGAAAAAAA